GAAAGUAAUGGACCUUUGUUUGAAACUACAUCAAAUACAGAAUCAGAAUUUCCUAGCAAUUCUGAGGGCCUAAGUACCACUGAGACCACAGUGCUCAUCUCUGACCUUCAAGGGAAGUCUGGAAGGAGAUUCAAUCUGUUCCUGAAACGACGUCUCAGGAUUGAUAAGAGACAUCAAAGCAAGGAUUCUGUUUUCUUCAGAGAUGGUAAACGGAGAAUAGACUUUGUACUUACUUAUGUGGAUGACCCAAAAAUUGAUGGAGAAAAAAAAUUGGAUCGAAGGCGAAUGUUUGAGAACAAUCUAGUAAAGAAAGGUCUGGAACUAGAAACCGAAGACAAGAAGGAAUCUGAAAAUGGCAAAACGUAUUUUGUGAAGAUUCACGCCCCGUGGGAAAUUCUGAUCACUUAUGCAGAAGUGCUAAACAUCAAAAUGCCCAUCAAGGAGAAUGAUAUUCCCUGUAUGGUGGAAAACCCAUUGGACUGCAUAUUCUGGCCAUUUAGACUACCUGAGAUUGUGAUGCACCCUGAACCGGACUACUUUACAGCACCAUUUAGCAAAGAAAGACAGGAAUUGUACCUCAUUGAUGAUGAGAAUAUGUUUUUUUCGCCAUCUGUCAGAAACAGAAUAGUUUUUUAUAUUUUAACAAGGUGCCCAUAUGGAACAGAAGAAGGGAAGAAGAAGUUUGGAAUCAAAAGACUUCUAAAUAAUGGCACCUACUCUUCUGCUUACCCUCUUCAUGAUUGUCAGUACUGGAAGAAGUCAAAUGAUCCAAAGUGUGAAAAUGAAAGAUAUACCUUACAUAGGGAAUGGGCCCGGUUUCCUAGAUUUUACAAGGAACAGCCCUUGGAUCUUAUCAGGAAAUAUUACGGAGAGAAGAUUGGAAUCUAUUUUGCCUGGCUGGGUUUUUAUACUGAGAUGCUGUUCUUUGCAGCUGUUGUUGGCUUCAUUUGUUUUCUGUAUGGUUUGUUCACAAUGAAUGAAAAUAUGAGCAGCAAAGAAAUAUGUCAUCCCGGUAUUGGUGGUGAAAUUAUCAUGUGUCCAUUAUGUGAUCGAAAAUGCGAUUACUGGAGAUUGAAUUCUACUUGUGAGUCUUCACAGUAUUCCCAUUUGUUUGACAAUGUGGCAACCCUCUUUUUUGCAAUAUUUAUGGGCAUCUGGGUUACACUUUUCUUGGAAUUUUGGAAGCGAAGACAAGCUCGACUUGAAUAUGAGUGGGAUUUGGUUGAUUUUGAGGAAGAACAGCAACAACUCCAACUUAGACCAGAGUAUGAAGCAAAAUGUACUCAAAAGAGGAAGAAUCCAGUAACUCAGGAGUUAGAACUGUUUAAGAGGAAGAGCAUUCAUGACUAUGGAAAACUGAGCUUGUUGUACUGUGGAAUAUUUUUUUGGAUCUCUUUAAUCAUAGCAAGCAUGAUAGCUGUGAUAGUUUACCGCCUUGCAGUCUAUGCUGCUUUUGCCAGCAUUAUGGAGAACACAGAAACGCUGCAACCCAUUCGAGGUUUGUUGACACCACAACUGGCAACGUCAGUCACAGCAUCAUUCCUCAAUUUUAUCAUCAUUAUGAUACUGAAUUUCCUAUAUGAGAGGAUAGCCAUCUGGAUCACAGAUAUGGAAAUACCAAGAACCCACUAUGAAUAUGAAAACAGACUUACUAUGAAGAUGUUCCUCUUUCAGUUUGUCAACUACUACUCUUCAUGCUUCUAUGUAGCUUUUUUCAAAGGGAAAUUUGUAGGAUACCCUGGUUCUUAUACAUACAUGUUCAGUCGCUGGAGAAAUGAAGAGGUAU